CUCGACGGGGCAUCUUGAGCUUUCACUAUAGCUGUCUCUCUAACUGUGGUCCUUGCUAUCGCUUUCGAAGAUAAGCCUGAUCGACGCGGUGACGUCGUGAUGGGUGCCUGUGACCCUCUCUUUCUUCUAUUUGUCUCUUGGCUCAUCUCGUAGUCUCGACUUCGAAUUUAUCCUCUUUUCUAUUUGGUCUGGGAAUCCAAUAAUUCCUAUAGAUCUCGAUUUUCCGAUCGUUCUCGCGAGUUCGGAGGAGGUGGAGAUAUCUACUCCGCUGAUUAUAUAUAUAUCUCAACCGUCCGCAACAUCCUCCGCGUUUUGUGAACCUCCCCCUCAUCAAGACCGCCUGCCCUCAACCUUCCCUCUUGCCAACCCCCACUCUCGUUUCCGAAGUGACAAACAAAGCCGCGGAGAUGACAGGGGUCGACUUGGAGAAAUGCAAGCGUAUCGUACAAUACUUCUGGGACCCCGAACCCAAGAAUGACACUGCACCAGAAACCCCAAUAUGGUGUCUUGGCCAACAAUACACACCCACACAGCCAACGGACUCUCAUGGUACAGACCAGUCGGAUCGUGCCGAACGUACAACAGACGGUGUGAACGACACGGGUAGUGCCUGGCCCGAGGCCUUCCUGGCCGACUUCGAAUCACGAACAUGGAUGACCUACCGCUCACACUUUGCUCCCAUCCCGCGCAGCAAUAACCCCGAGGCCACGUCCUCGAUGACGCUGGGAGUACGCAUCCGAAGCCAGCUCAUGGACUCACAGGGCUUCACAUCCGAUACCGGGUGGGGCUGCAUGAUUCGAUCGGGACAGGGUCUACUAGCAAACGCCUUGUGUAUUCUUGAGUUUGGACGAGAAUGGCGAAGAGGGCAGCGCAUCGAAGAAGAGUCAAAGCUGUUGGCCAUGUUUGCAGAUCAUCCAGAAGCCCCAUUCUCUAUACAUCGCUUUGUCCAGUGCGGAGCCGAAUCAUGUGGGAAAUACCCCGGGGAGUGGUUUGGACCCUCGGCCACUGCUCGAUGUAUCCAAUUAUUAUCAAAUACACAAGAACCACCAAUGCUCCGCGUCUACGUGACCAAGGAUACGUCCGACGUCUACGAAGAUCAAUUCAUUCGACUCGCCAGCGACCAAAGCGGACGAAUUCAACCAACGCUGAUCCUCAUGGGUGUCCGCCUGGGGAUCGACCAUGUCACCUCAGUCUAUUGGGAUGGACUACAGGCUGCUCUGCAGUAUCCGCAAUCUGUGGGCAUCGCUGGAGGCCGCCCAUCUGCUUCACAUUAUUUUGUGGGGUCGCAAAACUCCCACCUGUUCUUCCUCGACCCACACUCCACACGCCCGGCAGUACCUUAUCGCCCAAAUGAACCAUAUAGCACGGAAGAAUUGGAUUCUUACCACACCCGUCGACUGCGGCGAAUUCACAUCAAGGACAUGGAUCCCAGCAUGCUGAUUGGAUUUUUGAUUAAAAAUGAUGCUGAUUGGGCCGAUUGGAAAGCUCGAAUCCAGUCCACGACAGGGAAGCCGGUCAUCCAUCUCAUCACGGGGGAACCGCCUAUCGACGCAGAACAGGGCCGAAAGGAGGCGCUGGACGAAGUGGAAGUUUUGGAUGACUCCGAUUCCGAUGGGGAGGUACUGGUGUAGAUAAUUGCAAUAGAGGCGGAUUUGGAGCCGCGUGGAGCCGCAUAUGCGCCACUAGAACAUGGAAACAAGCCCACCAGAUAUGAGACCAAAGAACCCACUGUUAGCUGCGACCGUGUAUACACCUUUCUAGAAAAUAGGAGAGAGAGAAGAAAAGGCAUAAAUAGUGUGUUAAUGCAAUCAAGCAUUUGGAAUUUCGCGUUCUAGAUAGGAGGAGGUUAAACCGUGCAACCAGCCCCAGACCCGAGUUGUUAUGUUACACCACGCGCAUCGAGUAGUAACCAUCAGAAAAAGUCGCCCAUCGGGGAAAAGAAAAUUGAUACCAUCCCAUGACACAUUAGAAAACCCGCAAAACACCCAUAACCGAACCGCCUCCGAGAGCCCAGGAAAAGAUCAGGAGGCAGGAAAAACAAGAGCAAAGUCGCAAUAAAUCGAAAAGGAACAGAAAACCGCUUAUUUGGCGGAAGAAGAGUACUUGGUGACGGCCUUGGUACCCUCAGAGACGGCGUGCUUGGCCAGCUCACCGGGAAGGAUGAGGCGGACGGAGGUCUGGAUCUCUCGGGAAGAGAUGGUGGACUUCUUGUUGUAAGCGGCAAGCUUGGAGGCCUCGGUGGCGACGCGCUCGAAGAUGUCUGUAGGAAAGGCAUAUUAGAGAAACCGAAGAAAGCAAAACGCGCAAAAACGCGCAAGGUCGGAUUAUAAGACACGAAGCACAUACCGUUGACGAAGGAGUUCAGGAUGGACAUGGCACGGGUGGAGAUACCAGUGUCGGGGUGAACCUGCUUGAGGACUGGAGAGAGAAUAACAAAGUCAGAUACGCGUCGCGUCAAGAGAAUGGACAUCGCGAAAGUGCCCAAGCCGGAUCGGAAAACUCACCCUUGUAGAUGUAGGAAGAGUAGGUCUCCUUGCGGGUCUUGCCACGCUUCUUCUUCUCGCCAGAGGCGGCGGCAGUCUUCUUACCAGCCUCCUUCUUCUCAGCGGGGGCCUUGCCGCCAACCGGAGCCUUGCCGGCGGUGGAGGGCUUCUUCUCAGCAGCCUUGGGGCCAGCCAUUGUUGAUGAUGGAGUUGGUAAAGGGGGUUGGAGUGUUGGGAGAAAGUUGGAAGAUGGAUGGAGCGUGAAGGGUUGGAAGCAGAGAUGGAGAGGGAAGAAGUAAAGCGCGGUGGUGA